AUGGCAGCCCCAGAAUCUAAGACCCUAACGGCAUCCUGCCACUGCCGCAACGCAAAUUUCUCUCUCACUAUACCCAAGAGUGACCUGCCACUCAAGGUGCAUGUCUGUCACUGCUCCAUCUGCCGUCAAACUCACGGAGCGCUCUGUUCAUUCCAUGGCCCUGUUCCGUCCGGCAUCGAACCGCAGUUCAUCGCGCCUUCCGGACUCGAGAAGUUAACCGGCUAUGCGCAUCCAUAUUCACAAUCAACACGGUAUUUUUGCACUAAUUGCGGCUGUCACAUCGGCGACCGUGACCAUGACAACGGAGAUUGGUACAUCUCUGUUUCGGUAUUCGACGCCAACGCUAACGAGGGGUUGUGGGAGAUUGGCUCACAUGCUUUCACAAACUCCACCCGGGAUGGUGGAAUGUCUGAACUCAUUCCUCAGAUCAGGGGCCAGACGGUCAAGGUGUGGAAUCCGCAGGAGAGUCCGGCGUCCGAGGAAUUACCAGUGGUUCCAGCGAGUGAGGACGAUCAAUUACUUGCCCAAUGCCACUGUGGUGGCGUUUCGAUGACCAUAUCCCGUCCUCACAGGGACUACCCGGUCGGCUCUGCAGGCCGUAAAUGGGGACUGUCGCUUGCUCACUGGUACCCACGCGAUUGCGUGGAUAUUGGUUCCGACGGACCACAUCUCGCCGUCGCUACCAGGAGACCUUCUGAUAGGGUCUUCGAAAAACUUCUUGUCCAGCGAAGGGACUCUAGGUUCGUUCUGCGGGACUUGUGGUGCAACCGUGUUUCGUAG